AUGGAAGCAGCUCCUUUGGUCUUGGCCCACACUCAUGCCCGGAACGCAGUGCUAGAGACUCGCAAGGCCAACCCAGUUGCCGCCAGCGAGGAGCAUGAUCUAGCUGCUGGUGAAUUUGCAACCGCUGCGCAGAGUAGCUCCGACCAUGAAGCCCUGCGGACCCUACGUUUGCUCGAAACUCACCACAAGAAACUCGCCGAAAUCCUCCGUUUCCAGCAUGAAAAUCCCACUACCUCUGCUGAAUCGACAUCUACUACUGCUUCCUUGACUGUAGGAACCCAACUUACCGCAGCCGAGCUUGGGAGCACAAAGAGCGCAAGCGCGAACCAGGAUGCACACCUUCCACCAAGAUUGGUGGGCAACACUCGUCUGCCAAGUCGGGAUACAUCCUCUAUCGCUAGUAACCUAGCAUCCGCCCGUGGAAUUCCGUCGCAGCCCCGACGUGGAUCGCCAGUGUCGCCCACACUUACAUCGCAGCAUGUUGCGGCAAAGAUGACAGAAACACCACCUAGAGCUAAAGCCAGCGAAACAAGGCUACGGGACGGACCAGCCAAAAUCCGGCACAGUCGUGUUUCUGCACCUAAACAACCAUGGUCUCCUCCGACACCUAGUUCCACUGAAGUGGUCUCCCAGCAAACCGUACCCCCCAGUGCAGCCGAAUCCGGAGCAUCAAAAGAUAAGUCUGCAAUUGCCGACGAAGCAUUCAACCGCUUUUACUCCGCCUUCGGAGGACUUGUCUCCAAGGUAUCGGGGCCAUUGGCAUUCGCAGGGAUUCAAAUGGGAUCUGCGGAUCCUCUCCGCGCUGAACAAAGCCGCAAGUCCUCAGCCGAAGUAAAACUUGACCGUGAGCACACUGUUCUAGACCAUUCGAUGACCGUGGGUGAGCCCGACGUGAACAAACUCUUCUCUCGAGCUGCAUUGCGGUCGAUUCGGAACGGCUCUGGGGCAGGUCCCGGGAACCCAGCAGAAUCAUUCUAUGUAGUCCCGACCACUGGUGGAACUAUGUCCUACGCAGGAAUUCUCACCCGAGUGGAGAAGCAGGUACGCAGAAACAGCAUCGAGGAUGGUGAUGAUGACUUUGUGGAUGCGCGAGAGACCCCUUCGUCUCCUGAGAUGCGCCACAGUGCCAGUGAUUCACGCAUAUGGGCGGGACGCCGUGCUACACCCAAUAAGCUUACCACUCCGCAGACACAGAAGACAAUGGAAGAGAUGCAAGUAGAGAAUGAGACCUUGAGAGGUUUGACCGAUUCGCUUGCGACACGAUUGCAUAUGUGGGAGGUGAGCGCGCAAUCUUCGUCAGUGGCGCUGCAGCAAUCAAUCAGGAUGAUGCACCGCCAGAGCGGGGGGACGCCCGAUCAUUUCCGGCCUUCAACGACCACUACCUCUCCUGUUGCAACGCUGACUGCGCCGCCGGCUGCGGCUGCGGCUGAUGCUGAUGCGCGGAUCAAAGAACUGGAAGAACAGAUUCAGCGUAGUGAGAAGAAAUUUGAGACUGCUGCUCAUGAGAACGAAAAGCUCAAAACCGUUCUUGGGCGAUACCGGGACCGCUGGGAAAAAUUGAAAGAGGGUGCCAAAACUCGUAGAGCGGAGGGUCGCUCCGGUGAUAGUCAAAGCAAUCCACCUUUGAGCAGUGCCAGCAAGCCAUCGGAACCCUCGUCAUCCCCAGAUCCCGGUCAAGGUUCCUCUACUCGUCAGGCAGGGUCUCGUGCUGCAGGUGAUAACCCGGCAUAG